CUUAAACUUGUCGCAUCAUUCAUUCUUAAAUAGUUUUUUAAACAGUGAAGACGUGCGUCUUGACAAAUCGUUCGAUUGUUUUGAGAUUCGUUGUAACGGGUUUCUAUUUUAUAAAAUAUUUUCGCAAAACAAGUUUACUACCUAAAAAAAAAGUAAUAAAUUAAUAAAUUUUGCCCAAAAGAAAGAUCAUGAAACUUUUCUAUAUCUCUUUGAGCUUAUUAAUAGCUUUAAGCUGCAUGCCAUGUGCAAAAUCCAUGAAGAUAAAGAUUAAGCCUUCUUAUGGUUUUCAACCAGUACCCAGACAGAAUAAUGCCGAAGUACCCUAUCAAUGGAAUGUACUAGACUAUAGUUUUCCCAGCAAUCAGGCCAAACAAGAAGCUGAGUCUAGUGGAAAUCUAAUACCCAGUAAUGCUAUACCCAUAGAUGUACAACCACAUUAUCAUAAUAAAAAUCUUUUGAGAACCUUUGUUACCAUACCUAAAUUUCAAGAUGGCAUUCCUUACACAUUAGCCACAGUUUCGGAUAAGAAGGGACCUAAUGGUCCUUUAUUGGAACCGUAUCCUAAUUAUGAAUCUCAUAAUAAUAGAAUGGGAAAAAACUGUGAUGCUAUUACAUCCGCUUUUCGUGUGGCGGUCACCGAAUGCAAUCAAAUGUGGGUAAUUGAUUCGGGUAUGGUUGGUGCCGAUGUUCAAUGUGCUCCACAGUUACUAUUAUUCGAUUUAAAUACCGAUCAGCUGAUACAUCGUUAUCGUUUCAACUCUAGUCUCUAUAUAUCCGGAGCCUCAUUGUUUGUUACCCCCAUAGUGGAUGUAAAAGAUCCUCCACCAAGAGGUAGUUGCAGACGUGCCAUGGUCUAUGUAGCCGAUGUCAAUUAUCAUGGUUUAGUAGUCUAUGAUUAUAUGCAAAAUACCGCCUGGCGUAUUGAGAAUAUGUUUAUGUAUCCCGAUCCAAAUUAUGGUUAUCAUACGGUCGCUGGUGAAAGUUUCGUUUUAAUGGAUGGUAUUAUUGGCAUGGCAGCCGAUAAACAAAAUUUAUAUUUCCAUCCCAUGGCUAGUGUAACAGAGUAUGCUAUACCUUUAAGAAUUUUGGAUAAUGGUACUCUAUUCGAACACGAUAUGGAAAAUAUGCAUGAGACAUUCAGACCUUUGGGUAAACGCAGUAGUGAAUGCGUUGCCUCGGCUGUGGAUAGCAAUGGGAAUAUGUAUUGUGUCAUUAAUCCCAUCGAGUUGAUAGUGUGGAAUGUUAAUACUCCCUAUGAUAGUAUUAAUAUAAAAAAGUUACCCAUUAGUUCGGAAGAAUUGCAAUUUGUUAGUGGCAUGAAAGUGGUGAGAAAUCAUCAGGGUAAUGAAGAAUUAUGGAUGUUGUCUAAUAGAUUCCAGAAAAUGGCUGCUGGCACCCAAAAUUUUAAUGAAGUUAAUUUCCGCAUUGUAGUUCUGCCUCUGGUGGUUGUUAACCCCCUUACACCCAAUCAGGAUUUACACAAUAAACUCGUUUUCAAAAGUUGAGCCUUAUUUAUAAUUUCAUAAGUUCAUUUUAAUUCUAGUAUAAGUUAUAAAUUUCAAGAAUUUUAUAUAAACUAAACUGCAUCUGAAUGUUGUUAGUAGUACUUUCGUAUAUUUAUUGUAGUUACUUAGCAAAAUAAAUAUUUAAAUUGUAAAA